GUUCUAGGGAUUUAGUACUAGAGACGCUAAAGUCAUUGACGUCACGACCCUUUCAUGAAAGGAUUCGUAGCUUGGCUAGCUUAGAGCACCACAUGAUCAUACCCAGACAAUGCUCCUGUGGGACUCUAGGAUAAAUGUUGUUCCGAUAACCAGCUGACUAAUGGCGAGAGCUUUCCCUCCAAACACAACCCCAUCUCAUCCUUAUCGCAAAACAGAGUUAAAAGCGUCCUUGACUCGACUUUCAAUGGCCACUGCACAUCACCGCCACCAGCUGUCCCUGACAGGUUUUAUUCAUCCGCCUCGGAAACCACUCUUGACACCGGAAGAUACUCAAAUAGCGCGAAUCUUGUUCAAGACGUUGAUAGACUAUGCACCUGAGCGUUCAUCAAGAGGGCGGUACAAACCGGCGGUUCUCAUAGAAGAGACAUUUGGACGCAUUCAAUGCAAGGAUGCCUUCCUCGAGUACUUCUUUACUUACAUAUACACGAAUGUAACAUCGGAAGAAGAGCGCAGAACAGGCUCGGAUUUCUGUCAAGUUUUCACCUACUUUCGCGAUUUCUCGUCGUGGAGUUCGAAGGAUAAAGACACAGCUAUGGAUACCAUCGACAACUUUGCAGAAUAUUUGAUAGAUAACUUUUUCAUGCCACGUGAGUUGAUGUCCGCCUACGAGCUCGAUUUAUCCUGGGAGGGGCUAACUUUAUGACAUGAUGUAGUUAGGGCGUCAUCGGUGAAAACACCACAGCCUACACCCGUAGCGUUAUCCGCGAAUCAAAAUGCACCAACGGGCACCAAAAGUCGUGUGUCUAGGUUACGACAAGAGUGCCUCAAACGUGAUCACUAUCGCUGUGUUGUCUCCCGCAAGUUUGAUAGAGCUGAAGCGAAG